AUGAAGAUGAUGUUCAUCGUCUUUUUUCCUCUGUUGAUUUCUAAUGCAAUAGCGUACGAGAAUUGCUACCGUACAGAUCUUGGACGAGGAUACAAUGGGAAAAUUAACAUCACUAUAUCAAGAAAAACAUGUCAGAAAUGGGGAUCUCACACUCCCCAUCCUCAUAACCUAACCUGGUUAUGGACGGAGGAAAACUACUGUAGAAAUCCAGACGGCAAACCAAAUGGUCCAUGGUGUUUUACAAUGGAUUCUAGCACAGUAUGGGAAAGUUGUGGAAUACCCCGAUGCACGUCAAGAUUUGAUCCAUGUCUUAUGAAACCCUGUCAGCAUCAUGGUACAUGCAUUAGUUAUGGAGUAUCAGAUAGCCCUUACUAUAGGUGUGUAUGUGACUCAAUGUGGAAUGGAUCUAACUGUGAAAGAAAAGUUCCUCAAUGUCAGUUUCAACCAUGUAAAAAUGGAGGGAGUUGUAUGGAAGUAAAGGAUGAUUUCAUGUGCCACUGUCCAUCAAAGUUUGUUGGCAAAACCUGUGAAAGACGGGUAGAUCUCUGUGACACAGAGGAUGGCUGGAGGCAUUUUGGAAAUCACUGUUAUAAAGUGUUUGACAGUCCAAUGUCAUGGGAUGAUGCAAGUGAAUGGUGCAGAAUAACACAAGAUGCAAGUCUACCUAUAAUUAACGAUCCUACCAUUCAAUCAUCUAUAAAUCAUCUAACCCUGGAGGAGAAAUCAGAUUUGUGGACAGGAAUGAGAUAUUCCAGUGGGAAAUGGUAUGAUUCCAAAAACACUGAGGUUUUUAUUACAAAUUUCUACUGGCAUCGACUUUUUAAAGGUCCAAGAUCAGGAAAUGAUUCCUGUAUAUUACUGAAACAACCAGAUAACAGAACAGCCUCUGUACAUGGGAACUGGGUUCCUCUCAGCUGUCAACUGCAAAAGAACUUUGCCUGCUCUAAACCAGAAGGACUUUGUCCUGGAGGAUGGUUUUAUCAUCAAAACAGAUGCUUUAAACACUUAGACGACUUGCAAACAUCAAUAAAGGAUGCUAAAUAUAGAUGUAGAAGACUAAAUUCUAGUCUACUAGAGAUCAAGAGCGAGGAAGAUGUAAGCUUUUUACAACUGUUUCUAGACCUUGAAAGAACUGGCAUCGGAAAUGAUGGGAAAUUCUGGCUUAAUUUAAUUCGUGACGAUGACUCGCUGAUAAGCCCUUGGGUUUGGGUUUGGGAUUCCUAUGGAAAUCCACAAGUAACAUUUACAAAGUUUCCAAAGAACAGCAUUUCGUUAGGAGACUGUGCCUACAUGGAUAUAGAUAGGAACGGCACAUGGUUCACAGAUAAGUUAUGUUCAGCGGCACUAAGUGUUGUCUGCUACCACACUGUGGGAUCAGUAGAAUGGAUAAAGAAUAUGAGGAAGAAUCUCCGCCUAGAUUCCAAUCAUGGAUUUUCCGAGUGCGGCAAGGGCUGGGUUGAAGACAGCAGGUCAUCAUGUUUUUAUUUUAUCUCCAAACUGUUAACCUGGUCUUCUGCCGAGUAUGAAUGUCGGAAAAGGGGAGCCCAUCUGAUCAGCAUCGACGACGCUGAGGAGCAGGCAUUUAUUACAGGUGUUUUAAAGUCGAUAGAUGUUGAUGGCUCGGUGUGGAUUGGUGCUAAUUCGCGCACCGAAGGAGUUGGAUUUCAGUGGACAGAUGGUGAUCCAUUUGUCUAUUACAACUGGUUUCCAGGUGAUCCCGAAAGUCAAUUAGAGGGUGAUGAAGAAUGUGUCGCUAUGUUUAUUUCCAACUCACUAUGGACAGACAACUCAUGUCAACAAUUACAUUCUGCUGUGUGUGAGAAGAUGAGACCAUCCAAGAAAAAGAAAGAACCAUCUAAAAUUUCCAAAGUUAAAGGAAAUUGUCAUCCCGGAUGGAUACCGUACCGCGAUAGUUGCUUUUUUAUCAAGGAAAAAGCAACAACAUGGGACCAAGCCAGUGCUCUUUGCCGCCAACAAAACGCCCAUCUUGCCUCCAUUUUAGACCAAAAUGAGCAAAAUCUAGUGUUCAGCCAGCUUCCAAGAGCUAUUCCAUCAACAUCAUAUGGCUACUGGAUUGGACUCCGAGAUAGAAAAGGGAACACUUUUCAAUGGGAAGACAAUAGGGAUGUAACAUUCGCACGAUGGCAGAGAAAUGAGCCGCAGGGUUUUACUGCGUAUAAGCAAGGAUGUACAUAUAUCAGUUUCCAAAAAGGAUUGUGGGGUGAUGAAGGAUGUGAUGUAAUCAGGCCAGGAUAUGUAUGUAGAUCCAAAAAGCAGUCUAAUGUAACAAACACUGUGUCGCCCCUAUCAGCUGGGUGUGAAAAGGAUGCCGUCGGAUUAGAAAACCUCUGUUAUUACAUAUUUGAUUCGCAUAAGACGUGGGACGACUCAGAAUCAACGUGUUUGUCAGUUGGUGGACAUCUAGCAACAGUAGACUCAUUACAUGUGAUGGCAUUUCUUGAUAGUCAACUUCUAGAAAAGGAUAUCAGAGUCCAAAUUUGGUCUGGGUACACAAAGAGUUCAAAUCUUAGUCGCUGGUCAAGUGGAAAAACUAUACAGAAACAACCACUUUUUGAAUUUGGUACUAACUUAGCAAGAAGAUGCGGUACUUACCAUCCCUUGGGGCAUGCCCUGAACAUAACAAAUUGCGAUGAAACCCAUUCUUUCAUUUGCGAAAAACCAAGGGAAGGCUUUAAUAUCUCCUAUCCAAACAACACAACAGUAUCUCAACCAAAAUCUGAACAAAAUUGUUCUGCAGGCUGGUAUAGGCAUAAUAUGAGCUGUUUUAAGGAGUUUUUAGAAAAACUGCCAUGGACUGCAGCAAGAAGGAAAUGUAGAAACAUUGGUGCUCGUCUGACUACCAUUGAAGAUGCGACGUCCUUUUCAUUUAUACUUAAGACGUUUAAAAGUAUAAUGAAAUCUAACUGGUGGAUAGGAUUAAAUAGCAGAGAUAUGUCAAUGAGUGAGACUUGCAGCAUGUGGUCAAACGCCUGUGCAACAUGGCACUGGUCUGACAAUGAUGAUGACCCGCCCUUCCGUAAAUGGGGGUAUGGUGAACCAAAUAAUUUUAUGAGAGUAGAACGCUGUGUCGUGAUGUCUAAAUCAAACGGAGAAUUUAAUGACUACCAGUGUUCCGCUCCUAGUCCAUUUAUAUGUGAAGCACGACUGGGAUCGAAGAUAUUAGAAAAUGGGGAAUCUUCUACCUAUUCACCUGAAAAGUGUGAUGAGGAUGGAUAUUUCCUUUAUAAGGAUUUUUGCUAUGCCCUCAGCGAUACGGAAACAUCGUACUUCUCUGCAGAGACCCGCUGUAGAACUCAAGGAGCAGAGCUAGCAAGCAUACAUGGUCAUGAUGAGUUAGACUUCAUUCUAUCUCUCCAAAAGAACUAUGAUGCAGAAAACGAUAUCUGGAUUGGCCUUAAAAGAGUUACGCACCGCGGUUUAAAAAGAUGGGAGUGGUCCGACAAAUCCCCCGUCGACUUUGUGCUUUGGAAGAAAAAUGAGCCAGAUAAUAUCCAGUUGAAUGAGAAUUGUGUUGUAAUGUCAGGAUUUAAAGGUUUAUGGGAUGAUGACCCUUGUCUUGAAGAGAAUGGAUUCAUUUGCAAAAAAAGAAAAUCGCCCAUUCAAUUAAAUGACUCCAAAGAAAACAAAAAAAUCAAAGUCAUUGAAGGCGGAUGUUCAAAAAAUUAUACUUCAUCGCCUUUCAACAACAAAUGUUAUAUAUACAAUUCAACAAAACUGACUUGGAAAGCGGCCAAUGAAAGUUGUUCCUCUGAUGGGGGUUCGUUGUUGACAAUCCAAAACCAACUUGAACAAGAUUUUAUCGUAAGUUUGAUGGAUUCAGCGUUAAGUGAUGUAUGGAUUGGACUUAAUAGACGUUAUAGAGAAACUUUCAUGUACAAAGACAAUGUAUCAAUGGUGUAUGCUAACUGGAAGACAGACCAACCGAGCAAUCCUCAUUAUAAAAAAUACGGUGCGUCACAGCAAGAUUGUGUUCAGAUGAAUCACUUAGACGACAAUACAGGAAUAGGAAGAUGGCAUACAAAGGAUUGUUAUUAUCUAAAAGCAUCAUUCAUUUGUGAAAAACCAAAAGAUACGUCAAUAGAAACCAAACCUCUCCCAUCUGAAUGCCCUCCAAUGUUUGAGCAAUACUUAAAAAGCUGCUUUAGAUUUGAAGUUGGUCCAGUUGACCAAAGCAAGGCCCAGAAUAUAUGUGAACAAAGAAAAGGAAAUCUAGCGUCAAUUACAUCUGCAUACAAAUACGGAUUUACUCGUGCAAUUGCUGCAAAGCAAAAUUUUACUGUGUAUUGGAUAGGACUCGAAAAAACAAAGGAUGCAGCUUUGUAUAGAUGGAAUGAUGGAACACCGUACCAAUUCAGCCAUUGGAACGAUUCAGAGCCAUCCCAAGGACCAGAAGAAGAAUGCAUUGUAUCAAGAGAUGGAGACUGGAUGGAUGUGCCAUGCGCAGAAAAGCACUCUUAUCUCUGUGAAAUAAAUUUUGAAAAAAAGAAAAGUAUACGGCCUGCGCCCUCAUGUAUGCCCACGGGAAUAGCUUAUGACGGUGCGUGUUAUUUCAUAGAAAGAAAGGAUAGAAGUUCCUGGAAGGAUGCUCUCCAGAAAUGCAGAAAAUAUGGAAUGGAUUUAGUUUCAAUCCAUACAGUGGCUGAGUUAGAGGUAGUUCGGGAAUUUAUAGUAAGAAGAGCAAAGGAAAACGUUUGGAUUGGGUUCACUAAUGCAAGGAAAGAAUCAGAUCUAUUUCAAAGUGGGGCUUAUUGGUACUGGUCCGAUGGAGAGGAUGCCAACUUUACAAACUGGCGAAUAAAUGAACCCAAUGCAGGAAUUCUAUCAAAUGAGGAAGAAUGCGCAGAAAUGGAUCAAAAAGGACUCUGGAAUGAUCUCCUGUGUUCACAUAAAAAAGCCUUUAUGUGUAAACAUAAUGGAUCUAAGAUAGAUUUAAAAACGGAAGUCAGAAUAUCAACCGAGGUACCAACAAGAAGAUUUACUCAAAAUACACUUCAUUCCCGCAGCAAUGCAGAAUCAACAACACCGGUUGGUGUAAUAGUAGGUGUAGUGAUAGGCCUAUUGGCGGUUCUCGUGCUCGUAUUAGCUGUUGUGUUUAUUUUGUACAGAAGACGCCACAGACCUUUUUUCAGACAGCACAUCGGGUUUUCAAAUGCUUUGUUCCAAAGUGCUCAUGAAAACUAUUAACGAAUUAAUUUCAAAAUACUCACCGUAAUGCUGGAUACAGUCAGGGACCUAUAUACUAACUAGUAUAUAGGUCCCUGAUACAUUGUUUUUUUCUUUGUUUCAUGUUGUUGCAAUAUUUUUAUACACAAGAAUCUAUAUCAAAUUAUUAAUUUACAUCCAAACUGAUAUUUAUACAAGUAU